AUGUAUUGUUCUUUUUGUGGCUGUCCUGUUCAAGAAUCUUUUAAUUACUGUUCCGCUUGUGGUGAGCGAUUACAAAACAAAAGCGAAGAAGGACAAAAGAGUGAGCCGAGUGCAAGUCAGCCAAGACUGUCAAGUCAAUCAAGAGAUAUAAAAUCGAAUAUAAAGGGAAAAAGACAAAGUUUGUUACCAACUUACGAACAGUUUGCGAAACGUAAGUCGGAAAAAAGACAGUCGCAUUUUAAAGCAAAAAAGGGGGCAAAACCAAAAGCAUGUGAGGUAACAAUAAACAUUGGUAUGAUGGAGUACGUAGGAACUGAAUUAAAACCAGUCAGAGGGGGAUCUUUGCCUUUGAAAACAUCUGAUAAUGCAACUUAUGAGGAAGUUCUCUCUGCGGCGAAAAAAAAAAAGUGAAGCGUUCGACCGACGAUUUCUUGUGGAGAGGGGUUAUGUACUCGCAUACCCUGAUACAAGUAUUGCCAAGAAAAUUCCGGGUACCGAAGAUGAAUUCGUUUUAAAAAGCUAUAAGGAAUGGCUUGGAAAGUCAUAUUCUAGGCUAACUCUCUACUUAAGCCCAGUUGCCCCACUAUCAGAGAAAGAUACAACGAAGAUGAGGAUGAAGAAAGUGACAUUUUAAUGACCAUGGAUGAAAAUAAUUUUCCGGAAACUGAUGCUGUCAAUACAUGUGGGGAAAAAGAAUGCGAUUCUGCAGAUGAGAGUCCUUUUGAAGAUAUUAGCUUUUUUAUUGCAACUGAUUUUAUGUAAGUGGAAACCUAGAAAUACCCUUGCAGAUUAGCAUAAGUCUACCAUAUUAAUACUCAGACCAAUAUAAGCCCCUGCCUUACUACCGAGGGGCAAAUCACUCCAGAAAAGUGUAGGAGAUCAGAUUUUUUCAGUGAUUCUUUAUUUUUCAGUGAUUUUGUUUUUUAUCUGAUUUUUUUAGAUUUUUCUGAAAGUGUAUGUGAUCAGUGAUUCACCCUGAAAUUCCCCCUCCACCAUACAUAAUGUAUCAGUCAAAUACAAGGGUGCCCAUCCAACACCCCCCCAACCCAACACCCCCAUUUAUUUGACAAGGGAAAGUUGUUGUUUUCUUUCAUCAAGGGUGGAAAAAAUAAAAAAAACAAUUUUCUUUGUGCAAACACAGCCACAAGAUAAAUAAUUUUCUGUCAAGUUGGAACAUUAGCAAGACACUUGUUUUGAGUCAUUCUUUAUAUUUUCAACCUGAAAUAUUAAUAUUUCUUGCAGCUGUUUAAAAUUUCCAGAUAAAAGCACUUGCAUGCUCAUAAAUUGUUUCCACUGACCCUUACCUUCCAUUAUUCAGCAUGUUAACACAAAAUGCCAUAUUGUAUUUGAACUAAUGGAAAAGUUUUUUCACAUAAUACUGUGCUGCAAUUGCUUAAAUAAAGAUUUACUGUAUUUAAUAUUAAGAUUUUGUAAGGGCAAUCCCCUAAGAUAAUGGGGACUGGGGUUAAUUAACCGUAGUGAUCAAACCUACUGUAAGUCUUAUAGGGACUAGGAACAAGUCUAGAAAUAAAAUGUAGUGUGCAGCUAAGAGGCAGACCCCUCUCUAAUAUUUUUUUUAAAUAUGACACAAAUUCUUGUUGUUUAAGUCACCAAUUACAUAUGUCGGGCUCCACUCCUUGGACUUCACAUAAUUUUAAGAAUUAACUUGUUUUUCAAGAAUUUACUACUCGUUUUACUAAGCAACUAGGUUUUAAUUACAAAGCACACAUUUCCAAUAUGGAGUCUCCAGCCCUUUAGAUUAUAAAGGUUGCAUCAUUCCAUAAACUAGUUAAAAUUAGUUAGGAUAACAAUUUUGCUUGUCAAGAGAGACUGUUGGUGCUUAAUGGUUAAUUAAUAUUUUACAGACCUGUUGGCUUAACUGAAACUGAAGCAGUUGAUGAAGCCAUUCAAGUUAGCUUGAGAGAAUUCCAAGAUGUGGAAAAUGAAGUGAAUGACACCACAUCACAAGACACAACUGAAACAGCAAUGGUGGAUUUUCUCAAAGAUCAUGUUGCAAAAGUUUUGACCGGUGAAUCAAGACGUAUAGUCGUUAGUCGGUUAAAAAUUUGGGACACAGCUCGGGCCUUUUUUAAGCAACGGUCAUUCAUGGCCAAAACAGGCAUUCUGAAGGUAACAUUUGCCAAUUUAUUGGAAGAAGAAGAUGCUAUUGAUCAAGGUGGACCGAGACUAGAAUUUCUCCACCUACUAUUGGGAGCUAUAUGUCAGGAUAGCUGUACACUAACAAGCAUGUGCUAAGUGUUGAUGUAUUUUAGUUUUGGUAUAUUAUUUUUGCAUACUUGAUUAUCUGGGGCCGGUUGUAUAAAAAGUGAUUAAAGUUAACUAUAGUUAGUGGAAACGUCAUCCAAUAAGGAGCGCGAAUUUGAGAGUUCAUCACUAUUUAACUACAAAAUAGUGAUUAAGAAAGUGACUAAGAGUUUUAUACAACCAGCCCAAGAUAUUUGUCAAAGCUAUUAUUAUACAGUGCAAAACGCAGGAACAGUUUUGACCCUGGGCAAAUAAGAACGUGGAAUUUAACUCUGUGUGUGUUCUAAAUGCAGGGCCUGGCCAUUAGGGAUGUUAAAUUAAUUGUUGCUAGCUAGGCUAAUAGCACGUAGAAGUGCGUAUGUCACACAAUUUUCAAUCCAUCAAAAUGUUAGGUACAUGCCAUGCAAUGUAGGACUCGUGUGGGUCAAAUAUACUAGUAUUCAUUUUUGACAGCGACGUGAUGUAAGACGUUUUAAGGUCAAUUAGCCCUUUCAUGCACUGCUGUGGUCCUUGGCAUGUCGUCCUUGGCAUAUGGGUGCUCAUCGCUGGGACAUUCAUGAACUAUUCUUGAAAUAAUAAAAAAGAAGGAAUGGAAAUUAGCAUUACUAUACAAAAUACAAAGCAUGUUUUUAUUGUACCGAUUUACAGGCACUUCACUUGGCUGUGUAACAAGAUGCAAUCUUCGUGCUUUGGAAAAUGAUGAUUUUCGAACUGUUGGUCAAAUGCUGGCAGUUAUCAUUGUGCAAGGUGGUGAGGCCCCAAGAAUAUUUAGCCCAUCUGUAUGCAGUUAUAUAUCAAAAGGAUCUGAGGCUUGUAAACCUGACAUAGAUGAAAUUCCCAAUCCAGUGGUUAGGAAUUCAUUAAAACAGGUAUUACAAAGUUUUGUGUUUUGGGGUGCAUUCCUUUAGUGCAAUCCGGAUUUGGAUCUUCAAAUCCGAUUAUUGAUUUUCAGUUUCAUUUAACAGAAUCUUAAAAUAGAUUGGAAUCUGAUGAAUCCACCUCAACAUAUGGAUUUUGCGGAUUCAAUUUGAAACUUGAUUAGGAUUCAACGUUCCUUUUGAGCUUCUGGCCUUCUAGCAUGUACCUUGACCCGACCGAAAGAUAUAGUGGGACAGAAAACUUAUUGUAAAAUGGCGGGAAAACGGCAGGCGAAUUCUGAUUCUCACAAUUCGUUCCAUUUGUUUAACGAAUACAAAAAAUCCAAAUCCUAAAAAUCGAAAUCUAGAUUUACAAAACAAACGCUCCCUUGAUGUAAAUUCUGGUUUGACCAUGCCCCCAUUCUUUACGGUUUGUAGACUGUUUUUUGUGUGGUUUUUUUUCAUUUGUUCUAAAAUGCAAGACAAUUGAACUUUAUCUUCAGAUAUACGUAUUAUUCUGACGUAUCCUCAGAGAUACGUAUUAUUAUCAUAUUAUUCUGACACAGCAAUAGACCAACGAAAAAUUCGUUGGCUUGAGCGAGAUUUGAACUCUUAUCUUCGGGUAUGUAUAGACUGCCCCUCUACCCCAGACUCGUCCCCAGUCGCUUUUAAAUAUAAAAUUAUAAAUACUUGUAGAUCUUAUAAUAUUAUAGUAUUUCUUUUUUUGUAUUCAACAAUAUUCAAGCAAUUAUCAGUCGGCUGAGACCAUGAGUGGGCACGUAGAGGCUCACAAGGAGGACGAAAGGAAAAAUAUGCGACUGGAAGAUUACUGUUUUUUGUUUGUGCUGUUACUCUGGGUGUAUAUCCACACCGGGCGAGCUUGAAAAAUAUGCCCAGCCGACCGCGCAUCUCAGUUUGCAGAGCAUUGGGCUUGUAUUCCAAAAGUUGUGGGUUCGAUUCCCACCAUGGCCGGGCAUAUUUUUCAAGCUCGCCCGGUGUGGAUAUACACUCAGAGUAACAGCACAAACAUCAUACUGUCCUUGCUUCGUUGUUAAUAAACUCUUGUCCCUAUCGCUCAUUUCAGUUAGCAAAUGCUGCUGAUGUAAAAUCUUUUACAGAAUGUCUUAAUCGAUGUGAAUGGAGAUAUGAGAUUGAUGGGCUGCCAUCUACCGUCCCAUUUCAGCAACGAGAAGUAUUUAUUAGUGAAGUUGCAAAGUACUUCACAAUCAUAAAGUGCAAAAGCAUGCUGGAUGGUAUUUUGGAGGGGCUCAAAUAUUACGAGGUAUUGUUAUCCACUUUUUUCCACUUCAUGCCUGUUUCAAAUGUAGAAUUUCCAAGUGCCCAAUUCAAUUGUUGAAUUAUACACUUGGAAAAUUCAACAUUUGAAACCACCACAUAUGAUUUAAAAGAAUAUUACUUAUAAGUUUUAUUGCCAUUGCAGCUUAUUUAACUAAAGUGGGUUAAUAUUAUUAAAAGAAAAGUUUGAUUAGAAAAUCUAAAUAUACAUAUUAAGUGAUUUUUUUCUUCUUAGUAUCCAAUUGGGAUACCAGGAUUCAAGUUUUAGUAUAUCCCUCUGAGAAUCCAGUAUCCCACUUCUGGAUACUGCUAACCACAGGCGUGAGUAUUAUACUGUGCACCGUCCAAAUUACAUUAAAAACAGGAUACUCAACAGUCAACAACUAGACAAUUCAUUCAUGACAUUAUGUAUAAUCCUUCAACAAACUUCUAUAUACGCUAGUCUUCAGUAAUGUGGAAAAGCUGCUGGCAAAUUCAUAGUAUAAUCAAAAGCUAUCAGGAGACUGUCAGAGAUGCUUAGCAUUCUCAUAUUGUUUGAAAUUUUGUUGGUAUCCAAAAGUCAUUCACAGUUUGGUAUCCGAAACAAUUUUAGUAUCCUGUGGAUAUCGGGACACUGCAAAUUUCAGACCGUGAUUAUGUUAGGUCAGCUGGCUGUUUCAUGACAGCAUUUUACAGUAUUCAAUUUCAAAUUUGCAUGAAACAAUUGUUAUUCUUUCAAAGGUGUUGGAUUUAAUUAGAAAAUGUGAUGGAUUGGCGCAGUAUCUUCUACAAUAUCGGGUGGAUAAUAAAAUUAGUGCGCGGGAAGUACUUGCAUUUUUGAAGCCAUCCAUGGCACCUGUAGGAAACCAGAGAAGAGCAAAUGAAGAGGUUGUUUUAUCAAAAUUCGUUGAAUUUAUGCAGUGCCUCGAAGGUAUAUGUGUUAUCUUGCUAUCAAUUAUAUUUAGUCAUUGUGCUCAGUUCCUGUUUUAACGUUGGCUAAAAGCCUUUGUUUUUAUAUGCCUACAUAAUAUAUAGUUCUUCGUUGUAUCUGUAGGUGCCCAUGAUAUUUUUCGGCGGAAACGGAGGUUAUUGGAGGGAAAUAUUUGAGGGGUAUAUUUGGUUUUGGUGUGUUUUGGCUAUAUUUUUUUGUUUUAUUGCAAGAAAGCAAUAACACAAUACUAAACAAUAAUAAUAUAGUGUAUGCCAAGUGACACGCUAUCCUGGUUCCAGGGGCUCUUUGCGAGGCGAAAGAAACGAGAGGCGAGAAGGAAGAGCCUCUGGUCACAUCGGUUGCAAAACCCACUUCCACACUUGAUUAGGUUCAGAAUUUGAAUCUCGCAUGUGAUUGGCUAUUUAUAAAAAUAUGUCAAACCGGUUUGGGAAAUAAACAAGCUAAUUAUUGCUUUUAUAGCUAUAAGUAUAGCUUACAGUAAUGUUUAUUUCCCAAACCGAUGUAACCAGAGGCUCUUCCUCUCUUCUUUCACCUCGCAAAGAGCGUCUGGAACCAGAGUAGUGACACGCAAGAAAGUGAUGAGGAAAUGUCAUUUCUAAAUACAUUUAGGAGGCACCCUUAGGGAGAUUUUAGAAGAUCAGACUAAAUUGACAAAAGAAGAAGAAGAUUGUGUUCAUGUUUUAACCCCGGGCCAUGUCCUCAUGUUUGCAACAGGAACACCUUCUCCACCAGCUGUUGGAUAUGAUCCAAAACCAUCUACAAAGUUUGUAGACGACGAAUUAAAGUUUAUUCCAAGUGCUCACACAUGCGGCAAUAUGUUAUAUCUCUAUGUUAACGAGAAGACUGUUACUGGGCCAUUUCACCAUUACCUUUUAACAGCUAUGAUGAAUGGUGGUGUUUUCAGUAAGCUAUAA